UUAAAGGGAUACUCAGUAACUGAAUGAGAGUGGGCUGCUAGAAGAAGCUUAAUGUUGAACUUAAAGUAGCAGUGUGAAUAAUAAUCUUUAUGAUAUUUUGUUAAAUGAAAAGCCGCAAGCCUGUAUUCAACAUGUGCUGCCUUAGACACGUAUCAGUAGUAAAUAUAAACUAAGAACAAACAUGUAAGAAACUGAAAAACAUUUGUUUCUUCUCUAGAGGAUCUAGGCAAAAAUUCCCAGAAGAUACCUUAAGGUUAGAUCAUACAAAGAUCUUUCUUUUCUCUUCUCUUCUUUCUUUCUCUCUCUCUCUCUUUCUUUCACUUUCUUCCUUUCUUUCUUUUUCUCUUUCUUUCUUUCCUUUUCUUUCUUUCUUCUUUCUUUCUUUCUUCCUUCUUCUUUCUUUCUUCUUUUUUUAAAUAUGCUACAAUUGGAUAAUGACUCAAAACAGCUGUAAGAUUCUACUUACGAAUGUACAGCUUUAAUAUGGAUUCGUCUAAGUGUACAAUUCAAGGUAGAGAUGAUGGGACUAAAUAUCUGCUAUGUUUUGGAGAUAUCAGAAUAGUUUCAAUGCAAUUUAAAAAAUAUUUCAUCUCCCAAAUGACUUUGUUGCUAUAAAGUAUCUUUUGUUAUUCAGAUUUAUUACGAUUUUGUCACUCAGAUUUAUUUAGUGCACUUCAGUUGAUUUAACAACAUAGAUUCGUGCUUGUGGAAUGAAUGGAUAAAUAUGGAAUACAUUUAUCAAAACAAUACUUGUUUUUUUACAAAAUGCCCUGUUAGCAAAAUGAGAUCAUAUAUACAUCACAUAAAAAUCAGAAUUUUCCAUAUGUGUUUAUUAGCUUAUUAAACAUAAUGUUUGAGAAACUAGGAAAUUGAUUUAUUUUUUAAAGCCGAUCUUGCUUAUACCAAGUUGAGGUUUUCAAUCUGCUUUUUUUAUAUCACAAAUUCGAUACUGAAAAAAAGCUAAUUUUGUGUUUUAAAAAAUCAGACUGAUUGUUUGGAACAAAUGGAAUAAAUCGUCUUGUCAAUAAAGUGAUGGUCAAUUGAGUCAUUUGUGUGCAAAAUAUUGUGCAAGGCCCGGGUACAGAACAAGGAAUAAUAAGACACGCCCUGAAGGAGUACAUCGUCUAGUGAGGGACAGACCAAGCACGCAAAACAAAUUGCAAUAUAAUGUGAUAAGUUCUUUAAAAGAGGUAAGAGCAACGUGCUUUGGGAGCAGAGAAGAGGGAGAAAGCAGCAUCUUGCCUGGAUGAGCCAGGAGACACAGAAGAGAAGCCCACUAUCUCAUUUAAUCUUUACAACACUCUUGCAAGGUUCCCUGGUUGUGAAAAUACAUGAGAUAAAUCAUGAAGGCCACUAUCAUCCUCCUUCUGCUUGCACAAGUUUCCUGGGCCGGACCAUUUCAACAGAGAGGCUUAUUUGACUUUAUGCUAGAAGAUGAGGCUUCUGGGAUAGGCCCAGAAGUUCCUGAUGAUCACGACUUCGAGCCCUCCCUAGGCCCAGUGUGCCCCUUCCGCUGUCAAUGCCAUCUUCGAGUGGUCCAGUGUUCUGAUUUGGGUCUGGACAAAGUGCCAAAGGAUCUUCCCCCUGACACAACUCUGCUAGACCUGCAAAACAACAAAAUAACCGAAAUCAAAGAUGGAGACUUUAAGAACCUGAAGAACCUUCACGCAUUGAUUCUUGUCAACAAUAAAAUUAGCAAAGUUAGUCCUGGAGCAUUUACACCUUUGGUGAAGUUGGAACGACUUUAUCUGUCCAAGAAUCAGCUGAAGGAAUUGCCAGAAAAAAUGCCCAAAACUCUUCAGGAGCUGCGUGCCCAUGAGAAUGAGAUCACCAAAGUGCGAAAAGUUACUUUCAAUGGACUGAACCAGAUGAUUGUCAUAGAACUGGGCACCAAUCCGCUGAAGAGCUCAGGAAUUGAAAAUGGGGCUUUCCAGGGAAUGAAGAAGCUCUCCUACAUCCGCAUUGCUGAUACCAAUAUCACCAGCAUUCCUCAAGGUCUUCCUCCUUCCCUUACUGAAUUACAUCUUGAUGGCAACAAAAUCAGCAGAGUUGAUGCAGCUAGCCUGAAAGGACUGAAUAAUUUGGCUAAGUUGGGAUUGAGUUUCAACAGCAUCUCUGCUGUUGACAAUGGCUCUCUGGCCAAUACGCCUCAUCUGAGGGAGCUUCACUUGGACAACAACAAGCUUACCAGAGUACCUGGUGGGCUGGCAGAGCAUAAGUACAUCCAGGUUGUCUACCUUCAUAACAACAAUAUCUCUGUAGUUGGAUCAAGUGACUUCUGCCCACCUGGACACAACACCAAAAAGGCUUCUUAUUCGGGUGUGAGUCUUUUCAGCAACCCGGUCCAGUACUGGGAGAUACAGCCAUCCACCUUCAGAUGUGUCUACGUGCGCUCUGCCAUUCAACUCGGAAACUAUAAGUAAUUCUCAAGAAAGCCCUCAUUUUUAUAACCUGGCAAAAUCUUGUUAAUGUCAUUGCUAAAAAAUAAAUAAAAGCUAGAUACUGGAAACCUAACUGCAAUGUGGAUGUUUUACCCACAUGACUUAUUAUGCAUAAAGCCAAAUUUCCAGUUUAAGUAAUUGCCUACAAUAAAAAGAAAUUUUGCCUGCCAUUUUCAGAAUCAUCUUUUGAAGCUUUCUGUUGAUGUUAACUGAGCUACUAGAGAUAUUCUUAUUUCACUAAAUGUAAAAUUUGGAGUAAAUAUAUAUGUCAAUAUUUAGUAAAGCUUUUCUUUUUUAAUUUCCAGGAAAAAAUAAAAAGAGUAUGAGUCUUCUGUAAUUCAUUGAGCAGUUAGCUCAUUUGAGAUAAAGUCAAAUGCCAAACACUAGCUCUGUAUUAAUCCCCAUCAUUACUGGUAAAGCCUCAUUUGAAUGUGUGAAUUCAAUACAGGCUAUGUAAAAUUUUUACUAAUGUCAUUAUUUUGAAAAAAUAAAUUUAAAAAUACAUUCAAAAUUACUAUUGUAUACAAGCUUAAUUGUUAAUAUUCCCUAAAUACAAUUUUAUGAAGGGAGAAGACAUUGGUUUGUUGACAAUAACAGUACAUCUUUUCAAGUUCUCAGCUAUUUCUUCUACCUCUCCCUGUCUUACAUUUGAGUAUGGUAACUUAUGUCAUCUAUGUUGAAUGUAAGCUUAUAAAGCACAAAGCAUAUAUUUCCUGACUGGUCUAGAGAACUGAUGUUUCAAUUUACCCCUCUGCUAAAUAAAUAUUAAAACUAUCAUGUGA